GUGAUUCGAACAGUUUCAGUGCUCCUAACCUCGAAAAAUAGCAUCAUGGAGCGAGUGAAGCACAACUCGAUAAUGUAAACAAUUACGAAAGACGAGAAUUUUCACAUGGGAUAAUUAUAUUUAUGGUUGUUGAGAGGAACAUGGAGGAGGACAAGGUGGCGACUGUUGUCCUGGUGAAUGAAACCAAGGUGUUGAGCGUUACCUUCUCGUCAGGAUGGACUGCCGAGGAUUUAUGUAUAAAGGUAUGCAAAAUGAUAGAAAUAGGACCAGUUGCCAGGCACCUCUUCGCCCUCCGUAACCGUUCAACGCGCCUGUGGUACCCCCCCGGCUACAAACUAGACUCCAAAGACAAAGUAAAAUUCGAAUUUCGCUUGAGAUUCAAGCCCUCCACGCUCCAAAGACUGAAGCAAAUCGACCCCAAAGCCUACGACUACUACUUCCAACAAGCCCGCUGCGACGUCCUAGAGAACAAAGUCCCGGACAUAAUUUACGAGCGUCACAAGCGCGAAUUAAUCGGCCUAGGGGUCAGCGACAUGUACCGAGUGAUGUUGGAGAAGGACGUGCCAAGGGAGAUAGUAGAAUCCGACUACAAAAAGUAUAUACCCAAAGAGUGCAUCAAACGACACUCAUUCUUCAUAAAAAAACCGAUCCACCAGGCCCUCUCCAAGAUCUCCGGGCCAGACGCGUCAUACGUGAAGGAGCAGUACCUCAACCAAUUCCAGAUAAUGGCUCCCAACUAUCCUUACGAGGAGUACAAAGCCCUGAUGGACAAGGGCAUCCCCAACCCGCCCUGCAGAGUCCUCUUACGAGUGAACUCGGUUGAAGUCACCUAUUGUGAGACUGAGAACGCCCAGUGGACGUCCCUGUGUGCCAUCGAAGACCUGUGCUUCAUCUCCAUCAGGCAGGACAGCACAGUGGAGGUCUCCAGGAAGAAUGGAAUCCCUUCGUACCUGAAAUUCUCCACAAACGCUCUUCUGACGUCUUUCGUCUCAGCCCUCGAUGGCUACUACAGACUCGCGGUGAAGUGGACGUUUAAUCUCUGCAGAGACGUCGUCACCCCGAGCCUGGAAAGACUGCUGAAGCUGAAGUGCCAUGGGCCUGUGGGGGGCGAGUUCUCGUACGCGAAGCUCGAGGAGAAACGCUCGAACAGAGCGGGGACCUUCAUUCUUCGUGAGAGUGAGACCAAGUACAAUGUUUAUUAUUUGGACGCCUGUGGGAAGGACUGCAAACCCAGGACUCAUAAAAUCGAGCAGUUGGCGCCUGAGGAGUUCAUUCUCUCUGAUUCUGUGAAGGUUUAUCAGUCGCUGGGGCAGGUGAUAGCCUCUCAUCAUGAUCCUGAUGGGUCGCUGUACCUCUCGGAGUGUCUCCCUCCGUCUGAAUACGACCAAUCGCCACUUCUGAUUUGCGCGGUGGAGGGAGUUGGCAAUGAUGUGGCUGCUGAUGAGGAUGUCAUUGCCUCGCUGCUGGAGGGCGAUCCCAGGUGCAUCACUCCUCAGCAGCUGCAGAUUUAUAAGGCACAACCGUUCGCCAAGAGCUGUGAUAAUGGGGAAGUCAGGAAUUCUCCCACGACUUUGUACAGGGCCAUGUGGAGGGUCAAGAAGGGGAAGAAGCUGGAGGCUGCCAUCAAGGUGCUGAAGGAGGAGGAGUCCAGGCUGACGAGGGAGUUUCUGCAGAUGGCGUCGAGGUGGGGGCAGCUGAGGUCUGGGUCUCUUGUGAGAUUGUAUGGACUGACGGUGGCACCUGCGGUGGGCAUGGUGAUGGAACUUGUCAAGCACGGCCCUUUGGAUGCUUAUCUGAGGAAUACUUCUCCACAGACUGUCAAGACUGUUGAUUUGGUGGAAGCUGCUGCGGGGUUGGCCACUGCUCUGUGGUAUUUGGAAGAGAGUGGUGUAGUCCACGGCAACAUUCGCUGUCGAAAGCUGCUAGUGCACGCCCACACGGAGAACAGUUUCAUCGUAAAGCUCGCAGACCCAGGGAUGUACAGUUACACUUCAGCGGACGUGCACUGGUUGCCGCCCGAGUGCUACCUGAACCCAGACUCAGCCCGACGAAGUUCUCGAGCAGAUGUGUGGGCCCUGGGCACAACGCUGUGGCAGAUAUUUUCAAGAGGAGCAAUCCUCCCGACCCACAGGGACAUAGAGUCAGUGAAAAAAUUUUACGCCAGUGGAAAACGCCUGCCAAUGCCCACUGGGUGUCCCACAGACGUGUACAAACUGAUGACCGAGUGCUGGGGGGAGCCCGAGGGCCUCCCAAAGAGACCUCAAGCCAUCAUGAGAGACAUAAAUGGAAUUCUCUACCAAGUCUACAACUCGAGAAGAACUCACUCCUACGCCACAGCCUUCCCUAAGCUCUUCAAUGCCAAUUCAAAAAGCGAGGAAGACGACGAGGAUUCAGAAGCAGUGGAGAACUCAUCGUCUGACUGUGAAUCAAGAGCUAGUAGCAUUUUCACAGACAGGACGAGCCUCCCUUGGGACGAUCCAGAGGACAGUGGACGAUUGAUUCGCCUCUCAGAGACUGAUCACGAGGCGGAGGAGGAACUCUCAGCUUACCUGGGCUGGCUGGCUGAGAAUGGCGGGGCUGGUGCCCCUCACGACGUGUCGUCAACAGGAUCAGCCCACAAUGGAGGACCCCUGGGGCAGAUGCAGGGCAUCUUCGAGCUCGAUGCCGACUGCAACGUCAUCCUCCAGGGGAGAAUUGGCCAGGGGUUCUACGGCGAAGUCUACAGGGGAACCUUGGAGAGGGAUAAUGGAAAGGACACCGAGCCCCAGCAGGUGGCAGUGAAGAAACUCAAGACUCGAGCUCUUGAGGCUGACCUCAGGGACUUUGAAAGGGAGAUUGAGAUCAUGAAGACGCUGAAGCAUCAGAAUGUUGUCGAGAUUUUAGGGGUGAUUUCAGAGCCCGAAGUCUGUCUGGUGAUGGAGUUCGUUAAGCACGGAUCACUCCAGAGUUAUCUGGCUAUUCACAGGGAGAGUUUGACGCACAAGAGACUGCUGGGAUUUGCCUUGGACAUUGCCACGGGCAUGGAAUAUCUGGGGAGGAAGAGCAUUGUCCACAGGGAUCUCGCUGCCAGGAACAUCCUCGUGGCUGAUGAGAACAGAGUGAAGAUCAGUGACUUUGGGUUGGCCCAAGUCACUGGGAAGAACGAUUAUUAUAUUCUUCAGACGAACAGAGACUUGCCUAUCAAGUGGUAUGCCCCUGAGAGCCUGAGGGAUGGUAAAUUCUCACCAAGGUCCGACGUCUGGUCCUUCGGGGUGACUAUGUAUGAGACAUUUGGACUGGGGGAGGAUCCCAAGUUGCCUGGAGUUGGGGGAACUGGGGAGAAUGAGGAGGAAGGCUCUGCCGAGCUGCUUGAAGCUCUCGAGAGGGGGACUAGGCUACCCUGUCCACCCAACUGUCCUCAGACUGUUUAUGUUAAGCUGAUGUAUCCCUGCUGGCAUCUCCACAGUCAUCAGAGGCCGGACUUCGCUAUGCUGUGUAAUGACAUCAGGGACUUGAUGGGACAGUACUGAGGGGAAAACGCUUGCCAUUUAUUUCUGGAGGUGACUGGGAAUUUGCAUGGGAUUUUUUGCUUGAUAAAAUAGGAGAAAUGAAGAGAGCAUGAGAAAUAUUAAGUGUAUUUUUAUUUCGUAAAAUAAGGAGGGAAAAAUCGUUUUCAUUAUUUUACGAAAAAGAAAAUACUGAUCUAACAUUUUUCAUUGUAUUUUCGGCUGAAGUAGCAGGAAGAUGUGCGAAAUUCAGGGAGAUUCAGGGGUAUUAAGUAGUAUACUGUACAUAAUUUUGUUUUUGUAUUUCACACGCCACAGUGCAUGACACUGCACAAAUGACAUAGAUAGGAUAUAAUAAUAUGAAAAAUAAUGUAAAUAGAUUUAAACAAUAGAUUUUGAUGUGAACAUGAUUUUAAAACGAUAAAGAGUUGUUGUAUUUUGAUGAAUUUAAUUUCGUGAAUUGUAUUUGGACUGUGACGAAAAAGUUGCCAGAAUAGAGUUAAGAUCAGAGAGUUUGGGUUGGCUCAAGUCACUGGGAAGAACGAUUAUUAUAUUCUUCAGACGAAUAGAGGCUUAUCAAGUCCUAUGCCCCUGAGAGCUCAGGCUCUGAGUCCUCUGAGGCCCCUGAGACAUCAGCGAUUUGAUUGGACAGUACUGAGAGGAAAAUACUUGCCAUUUAUUUUUACAUGGGAUUUUUUGCUUGAUAAAAUUAGCAGAUGGAUAAAGCAUGAGAAACAUUAAGCUCUUUUUAUUUUGUAAAAUAAAGAGCCAAACUUUGAUUUUCAUUAUUUUACAAAAUAAAAAAUACUUAUCUACAAUUUUCAUAAAUAAAGGAUGCUGUGUAAAAUUGGUUGGGAAAUUCCGGGGUAUUAAGUAACCAAUUGUACAUAAAUAACUAAUUUCUUUUUAUUUUACACGCCACAGUGCAUACCACUGCACAAAUGACAUAAAUAAUAAAACAACAAAAACAAUGUAAAUAGGUUUAAACGAUAGAUUUUAAUGUGAACGUCAUGUUAGAUUGAUAAAGAGUGUUGUUGUC